AAACAAAUACUGAAGCAAUAGAUGAAGCAAUAAUUAAUGAAGAAUUACUACCUCUGAUUAUUGAUUUUCCUAAUGCUGAUCUUCCAUCUGGAAAUAUUAGAACAGCAUGUGCAGCCCGAUUAGUUGUAUUGGAUAACAGAAAUAAUGAAUUACAAUUACAGGAUAAUGUAACUUUAAACAAAUAUACUACUAAAUUAGAACAAAGCUUUCAAAAUAAUACAUUAUUUAUCAAGGAGGUUUUAAAUUUAGAAGCACAAAAACUUAUUAAAGAAUUAGAAGAAUUUUCUUAUGAAGAAGAUGAUAAUUUUUCAAAUGAAAGUUUAAUAGAUGAAGAAGAUAAGGAUACAGUCAUGAGUUUAAAUGAAGAAAAUACUAAUUGGGAGAUAAAUGAUGUAAUUGGAUUUGAUGAAGAAUAA